UCACAAAUUUUAUUUCCAUAGCUAUCUUUCAUAAUGUUAAAAUCUGUUGGCCGUUACAGGAGGAUUUAUGGAAGGAAUACUGAUACUAUCAGAUAGAUCAAAAUCAUCGACUAAAGUUUAUAACAUUUCACAAACCUUUUUUAGGUAAAAGACUACUCAAGAGAAUGUACUUACGACCAGGAAAGAUUAUUUACUUUACGUAUAUUAUCUUCCCUUUUUAUACUUUACAGAAAGGUUUCCUUUUACUAUAUACAGAAUUUCCAAAUUGGAGAAAAGAAAGAAAAUGGUAACAACUAGAGGGAAAAGCAAAAGAAUAUGGAAAGCACAAAGCAGUAGGGUAGCUGAACAGAGGCUGUAAUGAUCGACUUUGCCACUAUAAAGUAUAAAUCAUGAUUAGUGAUUCAGUGAUCCUGAUUAAUUCUUCCUCAAUGCAAAGAAUCACAAAAGAGUGGGAUUCAAAAAUCAAAAUUUCAAAAGAGAAAAUGAUAUUCAGAACGUGGACCCUACCAUGGAAAGCCUAAAGGCAAAUGACCCUAGUGUUAAAAGUCCUCAAGUGGAGAAGCUACAAGAGCAGUUCAUGAAUUUGCAACAAGAGUGGAAGUCAUACAAACAGUCCUACCCCAAAACCAAGAGGAGAUCAUAUUCUUCAUCAUCAAGCACCAUGGCCAAAACCCGAUCAAGGCACCUCAUGUCUUCACUUCAGCACAGAAUGUUUCCCUCGGAAGGCGAUAAUUGGAAUGUCAGGACUAAUGAUUUUGCAGUGGAAGAGAUCAGAAGAGACCGAAGGGCGGCGAUUGAGAGUGGCAAGUUGAAGGGGAGGAGGCUGUUUGAGGAUGAGCAUGAAGAAACUGAGAUUGGUUAUGGAGGAGAAGAGAGUGAAUGGGGUAGCUGGGAUGAUUGGGAUCAGGAGAGUGAGGUGAGAUCACUUCCAUUAUGUGGUUCUGGUGGUGAAGAAGUUGAAUCAGGUAAGAGCAAAGAGAUUAAAGUUUGUUUUCAGGAUUCCAUUUCAUCUUUGACCUUUUCCCCAUGUGGUGAGAAAAUGAAGGAAGAAGAGAAACUGGUGACUGUGGAAGAGAAGGAGGUUGUUGAGAAUGAAGGGGGUAAUUGGGUAAGGUGCAUUGUUGUGAUCAUGCAUGUGCUUGCCAUUGCUGCACUUAUAUUUGCAAUUUGCAGUAUCAUGGGUCUUUAUGGAUAUGGGAAUGAACAUUAUGAGCUAAUUCUAGUCCCAACGUGA